UUGUGUGCUGACGCGUUUCUUCUGCUGUGUCCCACUGUUUGCCCAGAUAACCAGUUCAGAAUGUCUAUCCUGGAGCGCUUGGAGCAGAUGGAGAGGAGGAUGGCGGAGAUGGCCAGCCACCAGCAGUCGAGCAGUGCAGGGAGUGGCGGAGCUGGUGGGGGAACAGGGGGAGGAGGAGGAGGAGGAGGAGGAGGGGGAGGCAGUGGAGGAGGCGGAGGGGCAGGCAACAACAGCCAGUUACAGUGUGCAUCUGGCCAGACGCAGGCCAGCAGCUCCUUCGAAAGCCGCGUUGUGGUGGUCUGCGAGAAGAUGAUGAGCCGAGCGUGCUGGGCCAAGUCCAAACACUUAAUCCACUCCAAGACCUUCAGAGGCAUGACACUCCUUCACCUGGCUGCCGGCCAGGGCUAUGCCACCCUCAUUCAGACCCUCAUUAAGUGGCGUACCAAACAUGCUGACAGCAUUGACUUGGAGUUGGAAGUGGACCCUCUGAAUGUGGAUCACUUCUCCUGCACCCCACUGAUGUGGGCAUGUGCGCUGGGUCACCUGGAGGCAGCAGUGGUCCUGUAUAAAUGGGACAGGCGUGCCCUUGCUAUCCCCGACUCCCUGGGCCGCCUACCCCUGUCGAUUGCUCGCUCUCGUGGCCACACAAAGCUGGCUGAGUGUCUGGAGCAGCUACAGAGAGAAGAGCAGCAGCAACCAGCCCCUCUACCAGCCACCACCCAUAUGUCCUUCUCCCCACCCCCUGACGUGCCCACCACAGACAGCUGGAUGGUCAGCUGGGCGAAUGACAGCGUAGUAGCACCCAGUAGCAAGAAAGGAGGUAGUGCCACCACCACAACCACAUCGAGCACCACCAGCCUCAAUCCAGAUUUGAGGAGACCCAGGUCAGAGCCCUCUAACUACUACAGCAGCGAGGCCCAGAGAGACCUCCCACAAGCUAAGAAACACAAACCCAACCCAGAACUGUUCCAAAGUCGGCCUGAUAAGGCCUUGUCUGUUCCCCUGAGUCUGGAGCAGCAACAGCUCCACAAGCUGUCCACAAGCACCAAAAGCCUGUCCUCAGAAGGUCUGAGCUCAGACAAAGGCCUGUCCACAGGAGGGAGUACCGGAGCUACCAGGUGGAGCUCCAGAGAAAGUUUCUCCGGUGGCAACCUGGGAAGAAAGGCUCUGGGGAUCAGUGGGAGCAGCAGUCUGGGGAAAGAGAAGCUAGUCAACCGAUUGAGGCAGCGAGAACAGCUAGGCAUGCUGGUAAUGGCGGACAGAGAAAUGGCUGAUUCAGAGCUGCUAUCCUAUCGAGAGGAUAUGGAGAACCAGGAUUGUCUAACGCAGAUGGACGACCUGCAGGUAAAUAUGAUGACUCUGGCAGAGCACAUCAUUGAAGCAACACCAGAGAGAAUAAAAAGAGAGAACUUCACGACUGCGGACUCUGUGCCCUUAGACACGUCAGGGGUCAGCAACACCAUGAACUGGCUGGCCAACUACCUAGGAGAUGUAGAGCAGCUGCCCAGCAUCAUACAUCUACGGUCUCUGUACAAUGAACCUUUGACCCCUUCAUCCAAUCCAAGCUUGAGUCCUGGGGGGUCUCCGCUCAAGGAGGGGUCAGUGGACAGGUCGGCUGUCCCUUCCCCAGCUGACUGGAGCGAGUUCAUCAAUGCCUCCAACAGCAAAGUGGAGCGGGACCUGGCCCAGCUGACCCUUUCAGACCCAGAGCAGAGAGAGCUGUACGAAGCCGCCCGCCUAGUCCAAACUGCCUUCCGCAAGUACAAGGGGCGGCCUCUCCGAGAGCAACAGGAAGUAGCCGCUGCUGUCAUACAACGUUGCUACAAGAAAUACAAACAGCUGACAUGGAUAGCCUUGAAGUAUGCACUUUAUAAGAAGAUGACGCAGGCCGCCAUCCUUAUCCAGAGUAAAUUCCGCAGCUACCAUGUACAGAAGAAGUUCCAGCAGAGCAAGAGGGCUGCUGUGCUAAUUCAGCAAUACUACCGCAGCUACAAGGAGUUUGGCAGGCUGAAGCCUCACCACCGCGGGGCCGCUGCUGCCCUGGUGCAGCACAAGCUGAGAGGGAGUCUGCUCACCAAAAGGCAGGAUCAGGCUGCCAGGAAGAUAAUGAGGUUCCUACGACGCUGCCGCCACAGCCCCUUGAUGGACCAUAGACUGUUCAAGCGGUUGCCUUUCUUGCUGGCUGGCUAUCUGUAUGCUCUGGUGAAAGAAUUGAAAAAGGCCAGGGAACAUGAGACCCCCCAGAAGAGCCACCUUGCGAUGUGACAUCACUGUCCUGACUCCUCUUUUCUUUUUUGUUUGUACCUGAGACAUUUUACAAGAGAAGAGAACAAAAGAAAAAGAAAAAAACACGGAUGAAAGCACUGCGAUUAUUACUACGACAGCAGUGUUCAACUAUUAUUACAUGUAGAACAGCAUAUUUUUCACAUAUCUAUUCUUUCCACUGACUUGGGUUUUGGUUGGAGAGUGGUGACUUCUACAGGAUUCUAAAACUUAAAGGGUUGGGGUGGGGGGGGCGUGCAGAACAUUUGCUUCUUGGCAUUUUUUGCACUUUUUCAUGGAUUGCUUUGUGUUGUUGGGAUGUGAAGAGGUUUUGGACAGUGGAGGACGACGUGAGGACCUCAUGGGACGUGACUAAAGGCUGCUGCAGACGCUCUCAGAGGACAGAGAGACUGUGCAGAAACGCUUUGGGCUGUAAAUGUAUUUCAUGAGUUUUUUUUUGGUUUUUUGUUUUUUUACUGACCAGUCCAUUUACUUUGAAGAAGGUUUUUUUUUUAAAAACCUGUUAUAUUAAUAACCCACAUGACCACUCCUACCCACUGCUGUAUAAUUAUAUGAUACUCAAUUUAGCUGAACAGCUCCUCCUGUCCUACUGUGCUCUGCCCCACCAGUCUGCCCACAAGGGUGGAGCUACAAAUGAAUGUAGAGGGGUGUAAACAAGCAGAAGCAGAUUGGGUGUAACGUUUCUUAAAAAGAAAAAAAAGUACUAUGCUUUAUCUUAUAUAUAUAUAGAUAUAUAUAUAUUGUCACUUUAUUACUUGAAUUUGUUUGUUCCAUAUUGUUCAAUGUAUUUCUUCCAUCAUGUCCAAUGUAUGGUGAUCUGUAUCUUCAGGCUAUAUGUUGUUAAAUCCUACCAAGAAAAGAAAUGCAUGACUUCUUGGCAAGAAAAGUCUUUGCUCGUGUGCUUAUGGUCUAGUCUUUCAGCCUACCCUCUGAUUCCUGUUUUCUUUCCACUUUCGUGGCCCACAUAUCCAUACCCCCCCCCCCCCCCCCCCCACCUUCCGAAGAGGGC